AUGUCGCUCAAACGAAAGGCCCUUGUGGAUGCUGCAAAUGGUCGGUCCUCGAAACGCUCCACGCCAGCUCCUUCGACGCCUGUAAGCCUCGAUAGCGACGACGAAUAUUUCGAAGGAUCCGAUGCACGCUCCCAAGAACCCAGUGAUAGCGAGCAAGAGCACAUUCGAAAGGCGAGAGCAAGGCUGGACUUUAGUUCCUUCCAGGGAACAAAGCACAAACAAAAGCCGUCAAUCUUUGGAGAGAAAGACUUUUCCUGGCUCUCAUUAAAGCCUGAUCAUGAGAAUAGACCGCUAUGGAUAGACCCAAAUGUGUCCAGUGGAUCACGAAAGGGCCCCAAGAUUACCUUGGAGAGCUUCUCUCCGUUGUCUGCGCAGGCCACCGAUCUGCUUACUACAAUCGCAGAACCCCAGUCGAGACCGUCCUAUCUCCAUGAGUAUAGAUUCACAGAACAUAGUCUCUACGCCGCCCUUUCGGUAGGUCUACGCGGCGAAGAUAUAAUACGUGCACUAGAAAAGCUGUCCAAAACUCCCGUUCCCGAGACCGUGAUCGAUUUUAUCAACCGCCACACCAAAACGUACGGAAAAGUACGGCUUGUUUUGAGGAACAACAAGUAUUUUGUCGAGUCCGAUGAGCGCCCCAUCAUCGACAUGCUCCUGAAGGAUCCUGUUAUCGGCCCCUGCAAAGCCGAGGGCACGGACGUUCAAGUAGGAAGAAUUCAAACAAAAGCGACGGUUAUCCAAGGCACCAGCAACGCCAAAGGCAUGACACAGGCAGGUCAGGGGAACGCGGAGAUGCCCAGAGAUGACCCGGCCAAAGAGAACGAAGCCAUGAUCGCCGCGCUAAGGGAUGAAGAGGAUGAAGAGGAUACUUACAAGGAAGCCACCAGUUUCGAAAUCGCGCCGAACAAGCGUGACACAGUGGCAAAGCAAUGUUUGGACAUCGGUUAUCCUGCCAUCUCCGAAUACGAUUUCGCCAACGAUUUCGAGAACGCGACCCUGCCCAUUGACCUGAAACCCUCCACCCAGAUCCGACCGUACCAAGAAAAAGCGCUCAGCAAGAUGUUUGGUAACGGCCGUGGCAAGAGUGGCAUUAUUGUCCUUCCUUGUGGUGCCGGGAAGACUUUGGUGGGCAUCACCGCAGGCUGCCACAUCAAGAAGAGCAUCGUCGUCCUUUGCACGAGCGCCAUGUCAAGUUAUCAAUGGGCCAAUGAAUUCAGGAAGUGGUCUGAUAUUCGAGAAGAAGAUAUCGCCGUAUUUUCUGCCACUGAAAAGAAGAGGUUCAACGGCGACUCCGGUGUGCUGGUCACGACCUACUCCAUGAUCACCGCAGGAGGCAAACGAGCCCACGACACCCAGCAGAUGAUGGACUGGGUGUACGGCAAAGAAUGGGGAUUGAUGCUCCUGGAUGAAGUGCAUGUGGUCCCCGCCAAGAUGUUUAGGAAGGUUGGCGAAAACAUUCGCUCCCACUGCAAACUUGGUCUUACUGCCACUCUCCUUCGAGAAGACGACAAAAUCACUGAUCUCAAUUUUAUCAUUGGACCGAAAUUGUAUGAAGCCAACUGGAUGGAACUUGCUGAUCAAGGACACAUUGCGAAAGUGCAAUGCGCCGAAGUAUGGUGCCCGAUGUCGAUGGAGUUUUAUCAAGAAUAUCAGAAUGCAAGCACGCGGAAGCAGCCCUUAUUCUAUAUCAUGAACCCGGAGAAAUUCCGGGUCUGCCAGUAUUUGAUCAACUACCAUGAGAACCGGGGCGACAAGAUCAUCGUGUUUAGUGACAACUUAUUUGCGUUGAAGCACUACGCCGAGAACAUGAAGAGGGCUUACAUCUACGGUGAAACCAGCAACUACGAGCGCCUCGAAAUUCUGAACCGGUUUCAACACGACGAUCGCCCGGAGUUCAGCACCAUUUUUUUGUCGAAGAUCGGUGAUACAUCUCUCGAUUUGCCGGAGGCAACUUGCCUGAUUCAAAUUUCUUCGCAUUAUGGGUCCCGACGUCAGGAAGCGCAACGGCUAGGGCGUAUCUUGCGGGCUAAGCGUCGCAAUGAUGAAGGUUUUAACGCAUUCUUCUAUUCCCUUGUGUCCAAAGAUACGACCGAAAUGGCCUACAGUGCAAAGAGACAGGCGUUCCUGGUCGACCAGGGUUAUGCCUUCAAGACCAUCACACACUUGGCCGGCAUGGAUCAGAUGGACAAGCUCAUGUACUCCAGGCCUGAAGAGAGGAAUGAGCUGCUCGCGAAGGUCUUACUUCAAAACGAGACGGCCGCGGACAUUGAGAAAGUUGAUGACAACAUAUGGAGUCAUCUGAGUGGAGGCGGCUCCUCGGCCAAGGCCAAGGCGUACAAAUUGCAGGUGCGUAGGCAAGCUGGCUUGUUGGCGGACGUCAGCGGAGGCGGCACGAUGGCGCCAAUGUACCAAGAACGAAGAACCAAGAAGAGUCAGCAACCCGACAGCGAGUGGUUCCGGAAAGAGGCCCGACGGCGUGAACUUGCGGCCAAGAAGAGAAAGAAGGAGAAAAUGGAGGCUGAAAAGGCCUCGGGUCGUGCGUAG